GACUGGAACGCGCCCAUUUUCAAGUCUGCGCAGUCGCAAUGACGAAGGCAUCGGAGAAACAGCGCCAUUUUUGCUUAGCUAGCGCCUCUGUCGGUGUCUGGCAUUGUGUUAGAAAUCUGAGUAAAAAUUACUUGCAAUAAUGAGGGUAAUUGUGAAAUUUUGGGGGGAAUAAGCCCAUAUAGUGCGCCGUUUGCACAAGGUGCAUUUGACCAGCUCAAGAUGUCCUCAGAGAUGCUCAGCGUUCCUCCUGGCACGAGCAAGCUCGAUGUGUUGGUGACCAAACUGCAUGAAUUCUUGGCUCAUGCUCCAGAGGAUGAUGAGGACAGACUGGUGACAGAAAGUCCUGAUGGUAUGACAAACAAGGACUGUGUGGAGCCACACUCAACGGACCGAACCCCUCUUGAGACCUCAACAGACACCUUGAAGCAGUCUGGAUGUGGUUCCAGGAGAAAACCUUCAGUUGUGAUUAAACACAGUGGACUGGAUGAAUCUGGUGCUUCAAAUGAAAGUGAUGAUGAUGAUGACGGCUUGAUCAUCAAUUCAAACGGUUAUCCUGAUGUAACAAGAUUACCUAAAGGCACUGUGCUGGUGAGGCCUGAGCCAGUGGAAAAUGUCAGAGAUGACUUCAGAGGUCCCGAAUUCCGUUGUGGAAAAUCUGGCAAUCUGAAGAGAGCUUUUUCUAGGAGACGUGGAGGUGGUGAACACUUGGAGAUUGUUAGCUGUACAGCCUGUGGCCAGCAAGUUAACCACUUCCAGAGGGACUCCUUCUAUCAGCAUCCAGUACUCAAAGUACUUAUUUGCAAGUCUUGUUUCAAGUAUUACUCCAGUGAUGACAUCAGCAAGGAUUGUGAUGGCAUGGAUGAACAGUGCAGAUGGUGUGCAGAGGGGGGAAACCUGAUAUGCUGCGACUUUUGCCCCAAUGCCUUCUGUAAGAAAUGCAUUUUGCGGAACCUGGGGCGAAAAGAGUUGUCUGGCAUCCUGGAUGAGGAGAGUAAGUGGUACUGCUACGUAUGUAGCCCAGAGCCUCUUCUGGACCUGGUUGUCGCUUGUGACAACGUCCUUGACAACUUGGGGCAUUUGUGGCCAGACCACCGCAAGAGGGGCAGGGGCGAGGGAAAAUCUGGACAUUAUGACUCCCAUCCAAGGCAUUCUCAAAACAUUCCCGUGGGUCAUUGGAACCAUAGUGGCAUGGAUGGUCACGUUGUGUUCAACUACAACACCCUUCAAAUUCCAGAGGAGAUGGCCAAAAAGGCUAAAAACCUGGUGGACUCUACAAACACUGUAAACACAACUUUUGUGAAGUUCAUUCAAGGUGGCAUGCAGCAGAAACAGACAACCGAGUUAAAGCUACAAUACCUGAAGACUUUCCAGUCAGUACUGAAGGGUCUGAAGAAGUCUCAGACGGCUCUGGAGGAAGCCCUUUUGGAGGAGUUCAGAGAGAUGGGUUUGCCAAAUGGUGGCGAAAACCCCACGUUUGAUGAUACUGAUGUACCUCAACAAGAACAAGAGGGUUGUGUGGAAAUUGACAUUUCUGAUAAGAAUGGCCUUCAUUACUUAAAGAAAAUUGCAGCUGAACAUUUGGAAGAGAAUGAUUCAGACUCAAAUGGCUUUAUGGAUGAUGGAAGGCCUUCGUCCUCAAUUGAAAUGAAAGGUGUCCUUGGCACAGAGAUAAUUCCCAGACGAGGUAGAGGCAGGCCGCGGAAAAACUCAAAGCCUGGAGAAGAUGCUUGCAACGUGACAAAACAACUGGUGGUGCAAAUUUCACCUGCCCCUGUUGAACAAGAGCCACUCUCUGGCCCCCCAGAGUUGGAGGUGGAAGUGGAGUUGGAGGCAGAGGAGGAAGAGGAAGAGAGAAAAGAAAAAGUGGAGGAACGGGAGGGAGACUGUGAAUCUAUUGAACUUGUAACAGAGGGGGAGUAUGAAUCUGCUGAGGGAAGCGAAUCUCUGGAACUGGAAGAGGAACCAGAUAAUAGACGCUCACCUCGGGUAAAGACCACACCCUUGCGCAGGCCAGGUGAGGGCAAGACCCAUCCGACCCCCUCGGGUGCAGACAGUGAGAGUGACUCGGACCCAGACACCAGCCCCAAUGCUGAAGUGCCUCAAGGAGCUGACGAGGGAGGGCUUGGGAGAGGAACUGAUGACUCUGACUCCGAUGAGGUCCCAGCUGUCCUCCAGCGGGCUGCCAUGACGCGUAGUUCAGACGAAGCCGAGAGUGACGAUGGAGACCAUCGGAGUGUGACCAAGAAAUGCCUCUUCGGCCUGAAGAAGAACACGCCCCUCUCUCCAGAAAGAGUUGUCCGCAAACGCAAGGUGCCAGACCGCUCCUCUGACUCUGAUUCCUCCAGUGACGAUCCGGACCUGCAGAAGGAGAUCAAGACUAUGACCAGGCCCAGGGGGAGGCCUCGGAAGGUUAAGAGAGAGGAUGAACCUACCCCCAGCAAGGAUAGUCCUCAACAUAGGCCCAGGGGCAGACCUCGGAAGGUCAAGAAAGAGGAUGAAUCUACAUCCAGCAAGGAGGGUAAUACCCAGGCAGCCAAGCCUCAAAGCACACCUCAAUCCGAGCAUAGAAUGAAGCAGACGCCAUCCUCUUCCAGUCAAGAAGAGGGGGACCUGGACUCUGAGUCUAGCGAUGUCAGUGGUGACCAGAAGAUCAAGCCUAUCACUGAGGAGGUGGCCUUACUGGGGGUAGCAGCUUUCCACCAGUCGUCCGGCGAUGAAGAGCAGCCCCAGUCUGGGCCUUCUUGGGCAGCAGAAGAUGAUGACGAUCCAGAAAAUAGAAUCGCUAAGAAAAUGCUCUUGGCCCAAAUCAAAGCCAACUACUCAUCGGGGGAGGAUUUCUCUUCAAACGUGGAGUCAUCACAUGAUGAUGAGUCUGACAGGGAAGAGAAGGAGCAAGAAGAUGGGAAAGAUGAAAGCUCCGAUGAGAAUGAUUCUCUGCUUUCUUCCAUUGCCUCAGGUGAGAAAUUGGAUAGCCAGAGUAGUGAUGAUGAUGAUAGCCAAUCACAGCAGGAAGAGUCUGGUAUGAGUGAAGAGCUGAGCCAAUCGGAGAAUGAGGGCAAUGAACAGAUGCUCAAAAGCUCUACAUCAUCUACCUCUAGAGUCGAGAGGGAAUCAGUCCGUAGUUAUCUACAGAAGAAGCAGCAACCCUCAUAUAUUGUGCUGUCUGACUCCAGUGUCGAUAAGAGUGACGAUGAAGAGAAGGACGGUGAGGAAGGGGACAACAAAGGUACACCUAAGGGCCGCAAGAAGAUCCGCAGGAUCAUCGUAGACGAGCACCUGCGCUCGGAGACCCAGAGAGCCCUGAAAGAGGAGGAGGAGAGACACAGACGCCUGGCAGAAAGAGAGCAGAGGGAGGACUUCAGAGAGGUGAUUGUUUUUGAGGAUGAGGCUUCUCAUGUGGCCUGUCCCAUCACCACUAAGCUGGUCCUGGAUCAGGAUGAGGGGACAAAGGAGCCACUCAUCCAGGUGCACAGGAACCUGGUGACCAGGCUCAGGCCUCACCAGGUGGAUGGUUUGCAGUUUAUCUGGGACUGUUGUUGUGAGUCUGUGAAGAAAGCCAAUUCAACUGGAUCAGGCUGCUUACUGGCCCACUGCAUGGGCCUAGGAAAGACACUGCAGGUGGUGACAUUUCUCCAUACGGAGCUGCAGUCAAAGUGCAUGAACUUCAGGACUGCCCUGGUGGUGUGUCCACUCAACAUCAUCCUCAACUGGAUCAACGAGUUUGAGAAGUGGCAAGUUGACAUGGGAGCUGACAAAGUCAAGGUAGCCAAGAAGAUUUUAGUUUUUGUUUUGUCAAAUACAUGCAGAGGUUAUUGGGCCACACUGAAGCGUUAUAUUGCCCUGCAGAGAUGGCAGAUGGAUGGUGGUGUUAUGAUCAUGGGCUAUGAGAUGUACCGUAACCUCACACUAGGCCUCAAAGUCAUCCACGGAAAGUUCAAAAAGACCUUUGACAGUACUCUGGUCGAUCCAGGUCCAGACUUUGUGAUCUGCGACGAGGGUCACAUCCUGAAGAACGAGGCAUCCAACAUCUCUAAAGCUAUGAGUGCCAUUAAGACCAAAAGGAGGGUGGUGCUGACAGGCACACCACUGCAGAACAACCUCAAUGAGUACCACUGCAUGGUCAACUUCAUCAAGGAAAACCUGGGCUCAAUCAAGGAGUUCCGGAACCGCUUUAUCAACCCCAUUGAAAACGGCCAGUGUGCAGACUCCACCCCCAGAGCCGUCCGCUUCAUGAAGAAUCGCGCCCAUGUCCUUCAUGCAAUGUUGACAGGAUGUGUACAGAGAAGAGACUACUCAGCCUUGACCAAGUUCCUGCCCCCUAAACAUGAAUAUGUUAUAGCGGUGAGGGUGACCCCUCUCCAGUACAGACUGUAUUGCUACUACCUGGACAACUUCACUCGAGCUAGGUCUGUGGUUGAGGGAGCCAGGGGCAAAGCCGGAACUAGCCUUUUCAAGGACUUCCAGAUACUCAGCCGAAUCUGGAACCAUCCUUGGUGUCUGCAGCUCAACUAUAUCAGCAAAGAAAAUAAGAAGGAGAAUAAGGGGAAAGUGGUGAAUGCUGAUGAAGACAGCAAGGAUGUGGAGGUGAUCCUGGUGUGGAACAGCACAUCAAAGGGUGUCAAUGUGGAAGGAGACCAGCGAGCAGUGGUGAUAAUGUAUGCUCUGUGUUCAGCGUUAAGAUCGUCCACCAGUUUCAGGCCUGACAGUCCGGCUGCAGACUGGUACAAGUCAAUGCUGAGUGACUCUGACGCCACCAUCCUGGGACACUCAGGGAAGAUGGUGCUGCUGUUUGAGAUUCUCCAAAUGGCAGAGGAACUGGAAGACAAAGUGUUGGUGUUCAGUCAAUCCUUGAUCACAUUAGACAUGUUUGAAGAUUUCUUGGACCUCACCAACAAAGCCAAAAACAACAGGCAAUCAUCCCUAUACAAAGGUAAUGGCAGCUGGAUCAGAAACACUGACUAUUACCGUAUUGGGUCCACCAGCGCCACAUCCAGGAUGAAAUGGGUGCAAGAUUUCAAUGAUGCCACCAACGAGCGGGGUCGUCUGUUUCUCAUCUCGACAAGAGCUGGGUCCCUUGGGAUCAACCUGGUAGCAGCUAACAGGGUCGUAACUUUUGAUGCUUCGUGGAAUCCCUCCUAUGACAUCCAGAGCAUCUUCAGGGUGUACCGUUUUGGCCAGCUGAAGGCUGUGUUUGUCUACCGCUUCUUGGCUCAGGGCACUAUGGAGGAGAAGAUCUACGACCGGCAGGUGGCCAAGCAAUCACUGUCGUUCCGGGUGGUGGACCAGCAGCAGAUACAGAGACACUUCACACUGUUUGAACUGACGGAGCUCUACAUGUUUGAGCCAGACCUGCUGGAUGACCCCAACUCUGAGAAGAAGAGCAAGAGGACCACACCCCUGCUGCCCAAGGACAUGGUGCUGGCAGAGCUGCUGCAGAGCUGUAAAGGGCAGAUUGUCUGCUACCAUGAACACGAGUCCCUGCUGGACCACAAAGAGGAGGAGGAGCUCAGUGAGGCUGACCGCAAAACUGCCUGGGCUGAGUACGAGGCAGAGGUAAAGAGGAACUACUAUACAUUAGUUUUACAACACACAUAAAUACGUUUUCAUGGACAGUGGUGAGCAAUCGAAUACAACGGGUGUAGACUAGCGUGAAGUGAUUGCUUACGAUGCAU